GUUCCCAUUGUGUGAACGACAGUAAAAUACUGACACGGCCAGAAUAGCCAAACAUUUAUUUCAUCAUCUAUAAUCGCUCUUUUUGCAGGUGAUCUUCAGCUGCCAUGGCUCGUACCAAGCAGACCGCUCGUAAGUCAACUGGAGGCAAAGCUCCGAGGAAGCAGCUGGCCACUAAAGCUGCCCGCAAGAGUGCCCCCUCUACUGGUGGGGUGAAGAAGCCCCAUCGCUACAGGCCCGGCACUGUGGCCCUGCGUGAGAUCCGUCGGUACCAGAAAUCCACUGAGCUGCUGAUCCGCAAGCUGCCCUUCCAGCGGCUGGUGAGGGAGAUCGCCCAGGACUUCAAGACCGACCUGCGUUUCCAGAGUGCCGCCAUUGGUGCCCUGCAGGAGGCCAGUGAGGCAUACCUGGUGGGCCUGUUUGAGGACACCAACCUGUGCGCCAUCCACGCCAAGCGUGUCACCAUCAUGCCCAAAGACAUCCAGCUGGCUCGCCGUAUCCGCGGGGAGCGUUCAGCUGCCAUGGCUCGUACCAAGCAGACCGCUCGUAAGUCAACUGGAGGCAAAGCUCCGAGGAAGCAGCUGGCCACUAAAGCUGCCCGCAAGAGUGCCCCCUCUACUGGUGGGGUGAAGAAGCCCCAUCGCUACAGGCCCGGCACUGUGGCCCUGCGUGAGAUCCGUCGGUACCAGAAAUCCACUGAGCUGCUGAUCCGCAAGCUGCCCUUCCAGCGGCUGGUGAGGGAGAUCGCCCAGGACUUCAAGACCGACCUGCGUUUCCAGAGUGCCGCCAUUGGUGCCCUGCAGGAGGCCAGUGAGGCAUACCUGGUGGGCCUGUUUGAGGACACCAACCUGUGCGCCAUCCACGCCAAGCGUGUCACCAUCAUGCCCAAAGACAUCCAGCUGGCUCGCCGUAUCCGCGGGGAGCGUGCUUAGACACCUCCUCCUCGGCCCAUUCCCUCUCCUCACCAUGCCAGUCCAUCUUCCCCUCCCUUCCUUAACCUUCCUUUCCCCGUACCCCUUCUUUUGUUGGUAGUGUGUAGAGUAACAAUGAAUAUGGCGAGAAUUAAGUGUGUAGUCCUGUCUUUCUUAGUGCUGUUGGCAGCAGACUUUUAGGGUACCUUUUUGUGCAUGUACCAGCUUGGUGCUGAUCAGAUGCACAGACACACAGAAGCAUCAAACCAGCUGAUCCUGAGCUUGGCUGCCCAUCUUUGUGUGUUGAGGGAGUUGAUGAGGCUAGGAGGUAUUCAUUGAGAAUGGGGCAGUGUAAUAGACUGUUAGGCGGGUGGAGUGUCAGACGGGUUUAUGGGACAGGAGGGCGGCGGUCAGGGCUGGUCUGUUGAGGGUGCGACAGCUUCCUCAGCAGGGUGCUAGAAGAACUGCCCUGACUGGCCCUUCUUGCCCCAGAACACCUGAGAGAGGAGGUGUCAAGUUAGGCAUAUCAUACUGUUUUGUGGGGAUUGGGGUGGUCUUGCUUUCUGUGUGUAGGUGUAUGCGCUGAUCAGCACAGCAAAUUGUAUUCAACUGCUAAGCAUCUCUUGGUUGAGCAAUGAUUACUCUUUUUUGUUAUUAUGGUGUCUUU